AAUGGGGGAGGGAAGACGUUGUCCUUCCAUCCAUGCGGCCCUCCCGUCCCCGGUUCCCCGUCGAUGCGGCCCCCUCCCGUUCCCGGAUCCUGCUCCAUGCGCCCCCCGGUUCCCGUUCCAUGCCCCCGUCCCCGGUUCCCGCUCCAUGCGGCCUCCCCAAUCCCCGAUUCCCGGUCGGUCGGCCCUCGCAAUCCCCGAUUCCCGGUCGGUCCGGCCCCCCCAAUCCCCGACUCCCGGUCGGUCCGGCCCCCCCAAUCCCCGAUUCCCGGUCGGUCCGGCCCCCCCAAUCCCCGAUUCCCGGUCGGUCCGGCCCCCCCAAUCCCCGAUUCCCGGUCGGUCCGGCCCCCCCAAUCCCCGACUCCCGGUCGGUCCGGCCCUCCCAAUCCCCGACUCCCGGUCGGCCCCGCCCCCCCCAAUCCCCGACUCCCGGUCGGUCCGGCCCUCCCAAUCCCCGACUCCCGGUCGGCCCCGCCCCCCAAUCCCCAAUUCCCGGUCGGCGCCGCCCCCCCGAUUCCCGGUCGGUCCGGCCCCCCCAAUCCCCAAUUCCCGGUCGGCCCCGCCCCCUCAAUCCCCAAUUCCCGGUCGGCCCCGCCCCCCAAUUCCCGGUCGGUCCGGCCCCCCCCAAUCCCCGGUCGGCCCCGCCCCCUCAAUCCCCAAUUCCCGGUCGGUCCGGCCCCCCCAAUCCCCAAUUCCCGGUCGGCCCCGCCCUCUCAAUCCCCAAUUCCCGGUCGGCCCCGUCCCCCAAUCCCCAAUUCCCCGUCGGCCCGGCCCCCCCAAUCCCCAAUUCCUGGUCGGCCCCACCCCCUCAAUCCCCAAUUCCCCGUCGGUCCGGCCCCCCCCAAUCCCCAGUCGAUCCGGCCACGCCCCCCCCAAUCCCCAAUUCCCCGUCGGUCCGGUCCCGCCGCCCCAAUCCCCAGAUCCCCCCCCGGUCCCGGCCCCCCCAAUCCCCAUUAAAUGCGCUUAAGUGCAACUUGACUGAUCAAGCACAUCAACAUGAGGCAAAAACACUGUUAGUUAAAUUCAACAAAGGAAGUAAGGAACUUUUGAAGAACAACUCUAAUGGAAAACCGCCUGAGCCCAUCAAGAAUGAAGGGUUUAACUCAGACACAGUAAUCAGAACACCCUGUUAG